GAGGGGUUUUCCCUGACUCCGCCCCUCGCUGCCAGGGCGUUCACGUGUUGCCACAGAAUCCACGCUGUCCACGCGCACGCGCCCUGUCGUGUUUUCGUGUCAGGACCGCGCCUCCGCUCUGCCCCCCUCUCCACUUUUCCGCUGAGCCUCCCCAGGUGUCCGUCACCUGUUAGGACGCGGCGUUCCCUGCGAAUGCGCAGACGGACAGUGCGCAUGUCCGUCCAGCCCGGACCGCGCUGGCUGCAGAUGCACCCAGAAGUCCCGGUGAGGUGAGGAGGAUAAAGAGAAGAUGCAGCAGUGAGUGGAGGCUAAAGAUGCCGCGCACCAAGCAGAACAACCCCAGGAACCUGAAAGACAAAAUCGAAGAGGCGCAGAAGGAGCUGAAAGAUCCCAAAGGUUCACAGGAAGGCACGUCUGAGAGCAGUCAGAGGGCUGCGGACAGCAUAAAAGGCCUGAAGAGGAAAAAAAUUGUUGGAGAAAAUCAGCUGAAGAAAAAUCCCAAAUCUCCCGUGAAGAAGCCCCUGAAGUCAAAAUCAUGUGAAGCUGCAGCCCACGACUCGUCACCUAAAGACACGACACCUUCCUCCUUCCCCACCCGCCCCUCCAGCAAUCCACCAACAUCCCCAAACAGAAAAGAAGACCCAGGAAAUGUUGUACGAACUGCAGCAUCCCUCGAGGAGGGGUCCCAUUUUUCUGAUGCUGAGAAGGUGAAGCAAGAGGGGACGUCUUCUAGGCCUCCGUCACGUGAUCCCUCAGACAGCAAGGAGAGCCUGCAGGUUACUGCCGAAGAGCCUCUUGCCAAAGACAGCAAGAGCCCAGAGCACGGCUUCGUGGGAGAGUCGUACCGCAGCAGCGACCCUCUGGACGUCCUGCUGAAGGCGAUGGAGCCUGACUUCAGUACGCUGACAGAGAGGAAAAGCCCCUCGCAGGCCAUGGCCAUCAAUAAAACACCUGCUUCUCUCCAUCCUCAGCUCAGAGGGGGAGUAACUCCUCUCCCUGCGGUCAACAUAGGUCUCCAGACGCAGCCUCCCCACAUGCAGACCUAUUACAUUGACAAACAGGGGAACGUCAUUGGCAUUGCAGCAGCUCUGCAGGGAAAUCUGCAGACAUCUCAGCAGGGUGCACCACAGUUUGUGCCAGUUGCUUCAAAUUCAGAAAAACCCAGUUUGCACAUGAACUUUAGCACCGGACCACCAGCUCCAAUGGGCACCAAUGCUUUGCCCCAAAGCCAACCCCCAGUAGCACAAACAUGCCAGUCUAUUCCUGCCAGUGUUCCCAGCACCAUUCAGGUUCCAGUAACGCCGAGCAGCAACCAGAUGCAAAUGACCACUGUCAUGAACUUCGGUGCUGAGCAGGUCGCCAAGGACCAAAAACUUAAAAAGCCCGGAAAGUAUGUAUGUGAAUACUGCAGCCGGGCGUGUGCAAAACCCAGCGUGCUGCUCAAACACAUCAGGUCUCACACAGGAGAGCGCCCAUAUCCCUGCGUCACCUGCGGCUUUUCCUUCAAAACCAAGAGCAACUUAUACAAGCACAAGAAAUCCCACGCUCACGCUAUAAAGCUGGGGCUCAUGGCACGCUCUGAAUCUGGAGGUGGAUCAUUGUCUCAAGAAUUGGACAAAGCUGCUGGUACACACUCAGAGGCAGACGAGAGUGCUGACAGUGAUGAAGAAGGUAGCACCGCCGACCUGGAUCCAGAUUCUACGCAGAGCUGCACAGCUGCUUCCUCUGAAAACAGUUUACAAGGUGCAGGCAUUACGCCCGUAGAGCUGAACUCGCCAGUAAGAUCCUCCCCAAGUCGGAGGGUCCACGAACCUAAAGUGACGGCAGCUCUUCCAAAAGUUGUUGUGUAUCCGGUUAACGUGUCUCCUCUGAGGGCAGAUAGUCCAAGAGUCACAGGUGCUGCACCUGAGCAAGCUGCUGCUCAAAGGCAAAGAGAAUUUCAGACUACAAAUCUGAGAUCAGGCAUCUUGUCCUCCCUGAAGGAGGUGGAAGGUACGAAUCCCUCACUGGACACUGUAAGUGAGGAUGAAGACCAGCAGUGCAAGUCUCCCCUGUUGGGCGGGCAUGCUCAACUUCAGCGGCAGCAAGCUACAGACUUCUCUCAGCAGCAGCAGCCCAAGUGUUUGCUCAGUCCCCGCAGUUUAGGAAGCACAGAUUCUGGCUACUUCUCUCGCUCUGAAAGCGCCGACCAGGCCAUGAGCCCGACAAGUCCCUUUGUGAAGAUAAUCCCCCCAGUAGACCCUGACAUUGCCAAGAAUACACUUCCCAGCAUCCCUGCCUUGGCUGCAACUGCAAUGCAUGUUGCAGCUGAGCAAAAAACACGACCCCCAGAAAGACAAAUGCGGCCACCACUGGAAGCCAGUGCCCGCUCCCUGGAAGAGCGCAUUUCAAAGCUGAUAUCAGACAAUGAAGCAGUGGUGGAUAACAAACAGCUGGAUAGCGUUAAGCCACGGAGGACCUCUCUGUCCAGAAGAGGCAGCAUUGACUCCCCAAAAUCGUACAUCUUCAAAGACUCAUUUCAGUUUGAUUUAAAACCGAUGGGAAGGCGGUCGAGUUCCAGCUCAGACAUCCCUAAGUCCCCAUUCACCCCCACAGACAAGUCAAAGCCAGUGUUCCUGCUCUCUGUUCCUUCCCCCUACCCUCCAAUGGACUGUUUGCCAAUAACACGAAGUAACUCCAUGCCCACCACACCCGGACACUCAGCCCUACCUGUCAACGUUGCUCCCAUCCCCCACCCUCUGAGGGUUUGUCAAUCCUUUGAUGAUAAAAUUGGUUCCCUAAAUGAUGAGGUAUUCUCAUCAGCACCACCAACUCCAAACCCUGCCAUGCAUUCUCGCACUUUGGUCAGACAGGUAGCAGUGGAAGAUUUUUCCACAAGUGAGGGUCAUGGCCUCCCUUCUGUUCGCUCCAUGGAUGAGGGCUAUCAUGGCCCGAGUGUCUCCGCUGACUUGAUGCAGAGGAGCAAGUCAUUUGAACACGGUCAGGACAGAAACAAGAAGCCGCAACAAAACAAAGGCACGAUGUACGAAUGUGAAACCUGUCGGAAUCGGUACAGGAAGUUGGAGAACUUCGAAACUCAUAAGAAAUUCUACUGCUCAGAACUUCGUGCCCCAAAGAAUAAGCCAGUGGUUGUUAAAGAAAGUGAUCAAGAUGUUUUUCAUGUCAGCGUACAACACCCAAUCAUCCCAAGGUCAACAAUCGGCUCAGGGAUACUGGAUCAACAGACAUCAAUCAGGAAGAGGCGGAAAAUGAAAAGUGUUGGUGAUGAGGACGAUCAGUCUCCAACUGACACCAUCCCACCAUGCUCAGUUAGUUUUGAGUCUCCAAUAGAUCCUACCAAUAGGACGUUCUCUCGACAUACUCUAAUAGUAGAGGCCCAGCCCAAAAACAACCAGCCAAAGCUACCUCAGAUCCAGCUUGUAGCACGAGGGAUGAAUACAGAUUCCAGACUGUCGCCCAUUAGAGAAACCCAGAAUAGCAGCUCGGUGAAGGGAGAGCUACCUAGGCAGGGCAGUGGGACGUCAGUGAUUAAACACACCAACUCUCUGACCAGCCACAGCUCAUUUGAGACGGACUCUGUGGAUAGGGUAUCUCCAGUUAUAACCAUGGAGAAGGAUUCCCUGAGUGAAGCCAACAUAGAAGGAGCAGCAGCUGGCUCCGCCGAGACCUACCAUGAAAAAAUGACCAAAUCCUCCAGUACUGAUUACGGAAACCAAAGAAACAAGCAAAGCAAUGAUGGCAGGCUUAGUGUUAACUCCACGCCUGUCCAUCAGUCUCGUCUUGUUCGCCAAAGCAACAUCCAGGUCCCUGAGAUUUUAGUCACAGAGGAUUCAGACAGGGAGCAUGAGAUACAGGCUGCCGAACCAGCAGACAAGCCUCCAGAUCAGUUCAACUGGCCUCAGAGAAGCGAGAGCUUAUCAAAGUUACCGGCAGAGAAACUUCCCCCAAAAAAGAAAAGGAUUCGGUUGGCUCAAAUGGAUCACUCCUCAGGGGAAUCCAGCUUUGAGUCUACUCUCUCACGCAGCCUCAGCAGGGAUAGCAGUCUCUCUCGUUGUUCCAGCAUCUCUGCCUCUUUCGACAGAGAUGAGCUCUCUCGAUCUGAAAGUCCAUCCAGAGCCGAGAGUUCUGGCAAAGUCCCGGAUACCCAAAGUCUGUCAGCAGCUUUCAACACCCUUGGUGUGCCUGGAAUCAUGAGGCGUGCCGCAUCUGAGCAAAUUACCUGUACACAGCCCUCUGUGGAGAUUUCAAGUGAUUAUCGUAGCAAGUCCUUUGAUUGUGGAAAUGUGUCUCCCAGCAGGUCUCUGUCACCUGUUGCUCAGCCAAAGACUGGACAACUCUCCCAGGUACCUCUUAUCGAAAGGAGGCGUGGGCCACUGGUUCGACAGAUGUCUUUAAAGAUUGGCCCAGAAAGCCAGCAGCCUGUGCGGAAAACCGUCAUCCCUGCAGACAAAGCUCCCAUCACAAACGUCAGCUCUUUUCCACAGAACAGAUCCCAGCAGAUUCACAUAUCCAGCAGACGCUCCACAGUUCAGCCAUUCAUACUUCAUCCUACAGAGGCACCCCUGCAAAAGAAUGAGCAAAUGGUGCAAAGUAUUAAUCUAGGAAGUCCAACUCAGCUGCCACAGGUCCAUGGUCUUCCACACCCUUGGCAUCAAACGUCAAGGGUUAAAAUUACCCAGAAGAUCCAGCAGCCGCUCAGCCAGAUCACCGUGGGUCGGGAAAGUGUCCAACACAAGACAUCCAUCUUUGAAGAGAAGAAAUGUUUUGUUCCCAAAUACCAACUCCAGUGCCCUCAGAGAUCAAGCCAAACAUUCUCCUUCUCUUGUGCGCAGGGGACUCAGAUCGCAUUGCCAAUUUUAACUAUUCCAAUAGCCAAUCCCAUGCUGAGCAUUCCCAAAUCAUCAGAUGUAAUACAGAAUGUUUUUGUUGCCAGUCAGCAAGCCUCUGAGAUCAAGACCCAGACAGUUGUCUUGGCAGCCGAGCAGCAAAAGACUCAACCAGGACCUGUUCCACUGCCACAGAUCCUAAUCACUCAUGAGCAGAUGCACCCUUCUUCCUCCAUGUCCAAUAAAAGCAGCCCUUCAUCAUCUCACAGCAGUGUUGAGACCAACCCCCAGGUUGUGCUGACGGCAAAGAAAGACGCUCCUCCAAAUCAUCCAGACCAGGUCCCUUCUUUCUGCACUCAGAAACUGGCUUCAGUAACACUUUGUCCCCAGCAGGAACCCACUGCUUCCAGUAAGCGCAUGCUUUCCCCUGCCAACAGUCUGGACAUUUACAUGGAGAAGCACCAGAAACGGGCCAAGGAUGAGCAUGGGGUGGCCUGUCUGACAGAUGGAAGAUCACUCAGUUACCUCAAUUCAAAGAUGUCUGAGGUGACACGACAGAGGAAACUGAUGCUCGUUCGGCAGGUUUGCACAACAGAACCGGCAGACAGCCCCAUUGAGACCGAAGCGCCUCCUCUGCCUGACGUUAAGACAGCUUCUGAGAAGGACUCGGAGGCCACAGAUGAUGUGAAACCCAUGUCACCUGAUGGUUCUGGACUGGAUAAAGACAAGGGAAGUGUGAUUCCGGAAGAGGCUGUCCUCACUACUACAACAGGGAGUCAGAACUCCUCCAUGCACAACACCUCCCUAAAGCCCCAGGAGAAAACUGAGGAGCAGAGAUGGUCCCCGGCCAAAUCUCUGAUCCGACCUGCUAGUUUCCACUCCGGUCAGGGAAAACUGACCACAUCAGUAUCGAUGGUGAACACCAAGGACACCCACCGCCUGUCUUUUCCCAGCUUAAAGACCACUACCACCUUCACAUGGUGUUUCCUGAUGAAGAGAAAACCUCUGCAUGUCCAGCAGACUGGCCUGAAGACAUCAGCCUAUGUUUCCUGGACUGUAAACCCCAACAAUCCCAACCCCCUGGGGCUACCCACCAAGGUGGUGAUGUCUCUGUUCGACUCCAAGCAGAGCACCAAGAAAAUCCACUACACCUCUGCUAUAAAGACGAGCGGGAAGUCGGACAUCCUGUCGUACUCGGGCAAACUGAAGGACAUCAUGCCCCGGGUUCUGGCUGCCCAGAAGUCUGUGUCAACAGUACCGAGAGGUAAGCUACAACCAGAACCUCAAACCAGUAACGAUUCAGACAAGGAGGUGACCCCUUCGGCAGAACCACGGCGCGUCAAAAUUUUCGACGGCGGAUACAAAUCCAAUGAGGAGUAUGUGUACGUGCGCGGCCGCGGACGAGGAAAAUACAUCUGCGAGGAGUGCGGCAUUCGCUGCAAGAAGCCCAGCAUGCUGCGCAAACACAUCCGCACCCACUCAGACGUGCGGCCGUACCACUGUGUCCACUGCAGCUUCUCCUUUAAGACGAAAGGGAACCUGACCAAGCACAUGAAGUCCAAGGCCCACAGUAAGAAGUGCAUGGAGAUGGGGGUGCCGGCCGGGGCGGUGGAGGACCCGGAUGCAGAGGACUCUGGUGACCGAAGUCAUUUGAGCAGCACCGACCGCCAGGACUCUGACGGCGACGACUCAGACGGGCCUGACGAUGAGGAGAACGACGAUGAGGAAGAGGAGGACAGCCAGGCGGAGUCGGGCCUGUCCACCAACCCCUCGGUGUCCGCCAGCCCGCAGCAUGCCUCCUCCAAGGAGGCCGACGUCCCGCCCAGCGCGCUGCUCGCCCAGAUGUCCAUCAGCGCCGUGUCUCUCCCCUCGAACCCCUUCGAACGCUCAGACUGCACCCCAGUGACCGGUCCCGCCCCGCUCGCCCCCUCACCCCCGCCCGUCACCGCCACCUCCGACUGCUGCCCCUCCGACUCGGACUCGGUGCACAUGAUGAGCCCCGUGUCGCCCUGCAGGCAGAUGUCCAUCGACUACCCGGACUUUGACGGACCCGUUAGUCCACCAGCGCCAAGCCGCGGCUCCAGACCGGUCCAGGAUUCUGGACCUCCAGCGGUGAACAGUGAGUCCAGCACUCCGGUGGACCGCAUCCCGCUGGGCCCGGUGACGGGCCUGGAGACGCUCAACCUGAUGGGGCUGGCCAACGCGCCGGGCCUGACGCUCAACGCCGCGCUGGGCCUGCAGGUCCUGACGCCCGGCCCGGUUCCGCAGGGCGCCGCCCAGAACCCGGUGCCGGGCCUGCAGAUCGUCAACAUCGCGCUACCGGCCAUCAUCCCGUCGCUGUCCGCCCUCAGCCCGCUGCCGCCCGGCGCCGACGCCCAGCCGCCAGCGACACCGGAGCCGCCGGCGGAGAAGGAGGGACGGAUCCCCCCUCAGCAGAACCCAGCAGCCGGCGCCGACAGACCGGAACCGGCGGCCGGCCCAACCAAGCUGACGGACGAAUACAACGAGGCGUCCAGCGAUGACGAAGACCGACUCGUCAUCGCCACCUGAGGCCGCCGCCGCCGCCUCUUCUUCUCUUCUGUUUUUGUAACUCGUCACUUUUAAGGACUGAAACACUCGAGCCGCGGCUCUCCUUCCUUCCAAAGCACAGAUGCUGAUGUUGUUACGUGCAAUCAUCGUCCGACGACCAACCGUUUGUUUUGUACAUGCUGUAAAGACGAUCGUGCCUUUUCGGAGUUCCAUGUAAAUAAUCCGCUGGCUGUUUGUGUUUAUUUCAGAUUUAUUUUGGAAAAUUUGACCCGAAAACGUCGACGGACUUCUUAAUGUUUGAGUGACUCUCUAUGGAUUAUGGGGCAAAAAUGUUUGUGUACAGAUGUUGUGUUCAGCUAUUUAUUAAAAAUCCAUGUAGUGCACAUUUUGAUCCAUAAGUCUAUAAGUAUGUGCAUUAUGGUAGCUUUACAUUGCUGUAUGAAUAUUAACUGUAUCAGUAAAUAUUUGUUUAUGAAGCUUUUUGA